AUGAUUGUGCGUCAACUAUUCUCCCGAUUGGUCUUUUCUCUUCAGAUUGAGUCUUCCCUUUCCAUGGAGAUAAUUGCCUUUUGGUUGUGGCUUGAAGGAAAUGGUCAUGCUGAUUUCCUUGAGUGCAUAGACUCGUUCGGUAAUAAUCAACUCCGGGCAAUCGCUUUUGCCGGCAAAAGUUUUAUUGAAGCCCUUUAUCUUAGAUCCAGUGAAUCUAAUGAUACAUCUACGCAAGAAAGUUAUUUUUAUAAAGAAGCUUCUGAAGGAGUUACUUUCUACCUCAACAAGUUCUGUUACAAGGCCUUAGAAGAUAUUCGAGAAAUCGCAGAGACAAAGGAAAGAAUCUGUCAUAUCAAUCAACCUCACGAAGAGAAAAUGAAGGAUAAAGUUCCCAUGUCCACGAAGGAUCUUUUAUCCAAGAUCAAGGCUUCCUACACUAAUACUCCUGAAGAAGGCACGAGUUCAAGAAGUAUGCAGUCCCCAAAAAGUCAUAUCCUGCAAUAUUCAAUUGAUGGGCGUCAAUCAACCUACCAUUUGGCAAAUCUUUUGGAUACCUUGAGCUUAAAGGAUACGCCAAAUGAUAUCCAGAAGCAACAACAUUCCAGUGUGCCACGUGAUGAGAGAACUCUAUUCGUGACUUUCUCCAACGGCUACCCAUUUACUAAAGACGAACUAUAUGACUUCUUUAUGCGGCACUUUGGAGAUGUAGAAGAAAUAAGUGUAGAGGAGCCAAUUGAAUCAAGGCCACCACUCUAUGCACAUGUUACAUUUUUCUCACAGGUGACACUCUUCCAAGUCCUUGAUGGGAACAAGAAAGUCAAAUUCAUGACAAGAGGGAAACAUAUAUGGGCUCGACAGUUUGUGCCAAAGCGGAAAAAAGUUGAAAAUUGA